UUUUGAUUUUAUGAACAAAAUUGUAAUAGGAUUCUAAAUUCGUUGGAUGCGUUUAAUAAAACCUAAAAAAAUAGUUUAAAAGUUUCAUUUUCAGUGAAAAAGGUGGUAAGAUCUGCGUCUAUCUCAAACAUGGCCGAUCAGUAAUGAAACCGUGGUCAGUGUUAUUUUACUAAGUUCAAAGUUAUGCAGAAAAUGGAGCUGCGAGUUGGAAAUAAGUAUCGAUUGGGCCGUAAAAUUGGGUCUGGAUCCUUUGGAGACAUUUAUCUUGGCACAAACAUUGUAACCAGAGAGGAGGUAGCAAUAAAAUUAGAAUGUAUAAAGACAAGACAUCCACAGUUACACAUAGAGAGUAAAUUUUAUAAACUUAUGAGAGGAGGCAUUGGUAUUCCUGCAAUAAAAUGGUGUGGCUCAGAAGGAGAUUACAAUGUGAUGGUGAUGGAACUACUAGGCCCAUCUUUAGAAGAUUUAUUUAACUUCUGUUCACGCCGUUUCUCCCUGAAGACUGUUCUGUUACUUGCUGAUCAACUUAUUACUCGCAUAGAAGAUAUCCACUAUAGGAAUUUUAUUCAUAGAGACAUCAAACCUGACAACUUUUUAAUGGGACUCGGUAAAAAGGGCAACUUAGUGUACAUAAUAGAUUUUGGCUUAGCGAAGAGAUACAAGGAUCCACGCACCAACCAACAUAUACCGUACAGAGAAAACAAAAACUUGACAGGAACGGCUAGAUACGCGUCGAUAAAUACCCAUCUCGGUAUAGAGCAGUCCCGGCGUGAUGACCUGGAAUCCCUGGGCUACGUUCUAAUGUACUUCAACCGCGGCAGCCUUCCCUGGCAGGGUCUGAAGGCGGCCACAAAACGGCAGAAGUACGAGAGGAUAUCCGAGAAGAAGCUGUCUACUCCCUUCGACGAGCUUUGCAAAAACCAUCCGGUGGAAUUUCAACUGUACUUGAAGUAUUGUCGGCGGCUGCGGUUCGAAGAGCGACCGGAUUAUGGGCACCUGCGAAAGCUCUUCCGUACAUUGUUUCAUCGGCAAGGAUUCACCUAUGAUUACGUCUUUGACUGGAAUAUGCUCAAAUUCGGUCCGCCAGCAGUUGGCAAUACUCGCACUAACCAGCCUCCGAAAGGUCAUCGUGAUCAGAACCAAAAACAAGAAACCAGUACGGCUGGACCUGCCGCUCCGCAGCCGAGCACUACGGUGGCAGCGGUUUCAGAGUGGCGGUGAGGAAGCUCGCACAAACGGCCGCGUAACACCUAGGCGACAUUCCUAUUAUCGGAUGGCCGAUCGGGACGCGAAAGUCGCUCGUUUCGCUAAUAAUACACGUAUAAACGGUGCUAAUUCUGAUGUAUUCACGUAACUAAAUAUAUAUUGAUUAUUCCUACAUACAAAACAUUGGUACUAA